AAAGGCCAAUACUUUAUGACUAGAUUCCUGUAGUUUUGUGCAAUCAUCGCACUUCCGCAAAACUGUCUGAGAGGUUGAACAGUCUGCUCAAAAGCGCCACAGCAACAGGUGUGUACGCAGUAACCGGAAAUACCACAAACGAAAACAACAGGAAUUGUACUGAAGUUAUGGAUAAGAACAUUCAACAGGAUUUUGAGAACCAGUUCAAUGAUGUGGUCUCAAGACUACAAUCAAAGAAGAUGUUUCAGUCGGACUGGGACAUUGCCUCGUUUGCAGUUUUCUUCAUCUUUAUAGGCAUGGUCCUGUUGCUGGUUAUCUUGGUUCUCAUCCGCUGCUGUUGCUGCUGCUGCUGUGAUGAGAAGCCGAGAAGACAGAAGGUGGGCAUCGACAAUAUGGGAAUGGAGCCAUGAUCUUCCAGAAACAACAGGCACCGCUACAUCUAUUUUUUUCUCUAUCUGUUAUGCCACCUAAUCAUUAUUUAUAUGUGAAGAAGUAAUAUAAUGGAAGGAGAAAGAUAUUUUAGGUAGAUACUUCCUUAUAGGGAUGAUAAAAGCAAAAACCGGGUAAAACUGCUGUUAAUAUUUACCCAGGAAAUCACAUGAUUUAAGUUACAUUGCAGAUACCAGAUUCACUUCAUCAGAGAUCUUAUUUACAAGCUUGCUUACCAGUUUUGAAGACAUUGGUUAUUUAAACACUUUAUUGAAGCACGUUAUAGCAAUUUUCCUGGAUGGAUCCAGUGCAGGCCAUUAACAAAUGGCAUCUAUUGAAACUGACUUGUUUUUGGUUGUUCUUUGAGUAGUAUGGUUAAUCUGGAACCUGGCUGUUAAAACUGGUCUUCCCAGAUGCCACUUAACCUACAAUCUCUUCUUCAACCAGCCUUGUCCAAGACUUAUGUGUUUUUAGUGGAUUUCUUUCUAAAGCUUGACUUAAAUCUGAAAUGUAUAUAAUACAGAACCUACACACUAUAGAAGAUAAAAAAAAAAAAAAAGUUUAAAAUGCAAAUGAGACUUGCAAACAGAUAAGCAAUGCUUUACUUGUUAAAAACUCUACCUUAGAAAAAUGAGUGUCAAUGUUUGGUUAACUUUUUAGAAUGUAUACAUUUAAACUUUGUAAACAAAAUCAAAUACAUACCUUUAAAUGAACCGCAUAUACCAAAUAAAAUGUACCUUUGCCUAUA